AUGUCAUCCAGCCCAAUCCCACUGCAACCAUUGGGGACCGAUAGCCCUCCCUCGAACGCGGCAGUUCAGCGAGACCAAGCAUCGACCACGCGUAAAGGUCGGCUAGUGGUAUUAAUAUGCUCCUUUCUUGCUGUCAUCAUGACCAUAGGGCCCAAUCUCUCCUACGGGGUUUUCCAAGAGUACUAUGUGACGAGCAGUCAAUCACUCCUCCCGCCAUCGCAGGCGCAAAACAGAGCUUCUGUAGCUCUUGUGGGCACUCUGGGGGCGGGGCUAACAUGGGGAGGCUCAAUUUUUGUUAACCCAUUAAUGACGAAGGUCAAAGGGAAUUCCAAUCGCAAGAUUGCAACGGCGGGUUGUGUUUUGAUGAGCUUGGCUUAUGGUCUUGCCAGCACCAGUAACCAGGUAUGGCAACUUUUAUUAACCCAGGGCUUCUUGUAUGGAAUGGGGAGUUCAAUGCUCUACUUCCCGAUUCUGAGUGUUGCUCCCGAGUAUUUUGACCGCCGCCGCGGCUUAGCCAUGGGGUUCAUUCUCAGCGGCGCAGGUGUAGGGGGUCUUAUAAUUUCCCCCAUAAUUCGCGCUCUCUUGGAUUCUGUUGGUGCACGAUGGUGUCUACGAAUUUUCUCCUUCGCAAACUUGGUAAUCACCUUGCCCAUUGCCCUUUUUGCUCCUCCGAGCCUCAGUGCUACAAGACGGCCUACUUUGGUCAAUAUGACCUUGGCCAAAAAACCGGCAUUUGUCCUGCAGUCUAUUGCUGCAUUACUUCAGGCCAGUGGUAACUUUGUGCCAAUGACGUUCCUCCCGGAAUUCUCCAGCGUCGUUGGCUACUCAGCAUCGUUUGGUGCGACGUUGCUGGCAAUCAAUAACGGUGUGAACUCCGUAUCUCGCGUCCUCAUGGGCCAUACUGCGGAUCAGCUUGGUAGACAGAAUACACUUGUCCUAGGAGUCAUUGGCAGCACGGUUAGUGUGUUGACUUUGUGGCUUUUCGCUGCCGAUGACGGCUCAAAGGCGCCAUGGAUUGCGUUUAUUGUACUUUAUGGAAUACUAGCUGGCUACAAUGCACUCUUUCCAACAACCAUUACGGAACUAUUCGGAGUCCAAGCGUAUACCUCUGUCAACGGCUUUCUCUACUUCAUCCGCGGCUUGGGUGCGUUAUUCGGCUCUCCCGUUGGAGGUUUGAUUUUAGGAAACUCCAGAGUUCCCACCCCUGGCCAGGACAAAUCACAAAUCCUUGGUGACUACCGCAAACUUAUCUGGUACGACGGUGCGCUCCUCCUAGGCUCGUCGAUGUGUGUGAUAGGGGUCCGCGGAUUUGACGCGCUGGAAAAGCGCAGAUGGAUUUGGAAGGCUUGA